GCCUACGUCUGACCGUCAGAUGCGCACGCGCACUAGUAGGCUUGUUUUGCCAGCUUCACGCCACCCGGGAUGGGAGAAAGUAGGUGUCGCGAGAGUUGGGCGCAAGACGCCUUGUGGGGACUGUAACUAUGGCGGGCCUGCGGAACGAAAGCGAGCAGGAGCCGCUCUUAGGCGACAUACCUGGAAGCAGGUGAGCGGAUCCUGGUGGAGGGACCCCUCAGCCUCCUGCGCUGUUGGGACUGGCUCCUUUCCGGGCGUCACCCGCACUGGGACUAACCCUCGCUGCCAGAGGGGUUCCAGCGCGGUGGGAGCCGGUGGCCGGGUUGUGUGAGCCGAGGAGAUUCGCUCCCAACGUAGGAGAAAGGGCGUCUGGCCGCACCGUGCGGUGAUGAGCCCGUGGGUUCGAGUGACGGGGCUGGAGAAACCCUGGCUGCUGCUUUGCCUGUUGCAGCAGCCAAGCCACCACAUUCUGUAUCUUCUGCAUUCCGUAUUUGGCCCUUUGUAGCUGAUCAGUUUCCGCAUUUCACAGUUCCAAAAUGAUGGUUUUAAUCGAUACUUGAAGGUAUCGGUCUUAGUAAUGACCUGCUGCCUAAUUGCCUGACAACCUCUUGAUACUUUAACAAACCUGUGUAAAAUGAGCUCGCCUUUGUCCUAUGCCAAAUGUACAAAGAAAGACUAAUUUUAAGGCAUUGAAGGAAUAACGUCAGUAUUUUGAUCCUUAUAAUUCUGGUUGUUUUGAUCCUAGUUUAUGGGCAAUGACUCAGGAAUGUAUACCUAAUGUAUUUUUACCUUUAGGAAAACGGAAUUACCAUUUUAUUUGAAAUAUACAUAAUAAUUACCUCAAGUAAGUUAAUAAAUUCAGUUAAACUUCAGCUGUCUAUGACCAUGUUAAUUUUUACUCAUUUGUUCCCCUUAAGCAGCAAAUCUUUUGUGAGCACUCUAACUCAAAACCCUUUGGCAAAUGUAUUUCUCUGGUCCUCGAUUUACUAAACAGAGUUUAUGGAAUGCAGUUUUAUCUUUACUGGAUUUUAUCUUGAGAUCAUUAAAAUAAAUAUCGAUGCUGAUAUGAAUUUUAAUAGAGUGAUGUCCUCAGAGCCUAUUGAGACAUUUGGGACUGUUUGCUUCUGUACCAAUUUAUUCUACACUGCUAUACUUUUUUUUUGAGACAGGGUCUUGCUCUGUGGCCUAGUCUGGAGUGCAGUGGUGCGAUUUUGGCUCACUGCCACCUCUGCCUCCCAGGUUCAAGUUAUUCUUCUGCUUCAGCUUCCGGAGUAGCUGGGAUUACAGGCGCGGGCCACCAGACCCGGCUAAUUUUUGUAUUUUUGGUAAAGACGGGGUUUCACCAUGUGGCCAGGCUGAUCUGGAACUCCUGACCUCAAGUGAUCCACCCACUUCAGCCUCCCAAAGUGCUGGUAUAGAAGCAAACAGUCCCAAAUGUCUCAAUAGGCUCUGAGGCCCGCUGCUAUACUUUUUAAGGACUUACAUCUGCUUUUUAGUUUUUCUGACAGACUGUUUUCCUGGCAGACUAUUCUGCAUCAUGUUUUUGAAAUCUGGCAGCAACAGUUGUUUUGUUGUUGUUGCUGUCACCAUACUCUUUCCACCAGCUUUAAUUUGGGGCUUCUUGUUUGUUAUAGCUUUGAUAACCCUGGAUUUAUGCUUAAUAUAACUGUGUGUCAUUACAACCUGGUAGUUCUGAUUGAGAGCUAAAUGUCUUUCCUCUUAGUUAAGUGCAUAAGCUUGAGUGCGUGGACUUUGUGACAUUUGGUUUUCUCAGAAUUCUUUUUUUUUUUUUUUUUGAGACGGAGUCUCGCCCUGUCACCUAGGCUGGAGUGCAGUGGCGCGAUCUCGGCUCACUGCAAGCUCCGCUUCCCAGGUUCACACCAUUCUCCUGCCUCAGCCUCCUGAGUAGAGUAGCUAGGACUACAGGCGCCCGCCACCACGCCGGGCUAAUUUUUUUUGUAUUUUUAGUAGAGACGGGGUUUCACUGUGUUAGCCAGAUGGUCUCGAUCUCCUGACCUCGUGAUCCGCCCGCCUCGGCCUCCCAAAGUGCUGGGAUUACAGGCGUGAGCCACUGCGCCCAGCCUCAGAAUUCUUUUUGCUUCGUCUUGGUUUUUAGCUAUUUUCCAGAUAAUUGCAGGAUCCCUGAGUUAUGUUUAAAUGUAGUCUUCUGGUACAUUCUGUCACCUUGUACAAAAGAGAAUUUUUUUCAUACUCUUAGCUUUGAUUUCAUCAAAGUGAUUGAUGCUCAUUAGGAUCUGUCCAAAUUUAGGUGUUCCUGCCAAUAAUCAAUACCUCUGAUUGAGGUUCUAGAUUUAGCAUUUUAAAAACAAAAAGUGAGUAUUUUGAAAAUAAUUCAAUAAGUAUAUGUCUUUAAAAACACAAGUGUAUUCCCUAGUAAAGUGAACCUAUGUACAACUAGUUGGCAGGACCUGUUCACUUUGAAUGUAUUGCACAAACAUGUCUAGGUCACCACCAACUUUUCCUCACUAACAAGGUUGAUUAUAAUUUGCUGGUCUGGUGGAGCUGGCCUCUUGAAUCCUCAGUGCUCCCCACUGACCCCUUCUAUGGAGCUUUAUUUAAGACAACAGGGGUUGGAAAACAUUUCCUGUAAAGUCCCAGAUUGUAAAUAUUUUAGGCUUGUUUAGGGCAAGAGGAAAAAUCAAGGAUAUUAUAUAGAUGUUUAGAUAACCAGAAAACAAAUUCCACAAAAUUUUUUAGUAAUGACAUUUAAAAUAUAAUAAGUAUAAUAUAGAUUUGUUAAUGAAAGGGAUAGAAUUUGGUGGGGGAGGGGAUGACAUUUUCCUUAAUUGCACUUCAGAGUUGGUGUUUUCUGUCAUCAAACUGAUAACAAAUAUUCAUCUGUAAAAACCGUUUGUAGCUCACAUCUUACUGAUCCAAGUUACAAAUGAUUUCAAAUUUUUUUUGCAACCUUAGCCUAGUCUCUGUAAAAUUUGUAUUAUUAGGGCAUCUGUCCUUAUAGGGCAUAUCUUUAUAGAAUAUUUUCAGUUUAUUUCUGUAACUGUUAUACCACUACACUGUUGUGUCACUGAGCACACGCUUCUUUCUUUUCUCUCUCUUUUUUAUUUUUUUAAGACAGACCGUCUGUUGCCCAGGCUGGAGUGCAGUGGCACAAUCUCUGCUCACUGCAACCUCUGCCUCCCAGGUUCAAGUGAUUCUCCUGCCUCAGCCUCCUAAGUAGCUGGGGCUACAGGCAUCCACCACCACGCCUGGCUAAUUUUUGUAUUUUUAGUAGAGACAGAGUUUCACCAUGUUGGCCAGGCUGAUCUUGAACUCCUGACCUCAAACAGUCUGCCCGCUUCGGCCUCCCAAAGUGCUGGGAUUACAGGCGUGAGCCACAGCGCCUGGCCGUUGUUAAAUUUUAUCUAACUUAUUUUGCUAAUCAGUUCACUCCACUAUAUUGUGUAUUCCUUUUAGUUUUUAAGUCACAAAUUUGACAAGCAUGCUAUCAUUUGGAGUAUUUCAGUUUGUAAUAGAAAUGUUGAACAGGAUAAAACUGUAGCACUACAGUUUUACUGGAAGGAAAAUCUCAAAUGGGGAACUAAUGCCAGAAUGCAGCAGUGAUUAUAGAAAGGAAUUUUAAAAGUUAAGGAAAUCAUCUUGGAAGUGCAGCAUUCCUUUUUGUACCCGGUCAUACAAGAAAGAAGCCUCUGGAAAUUCAAUCUCAGAUGCUGGUUAAAUAUUUCUGGCAAGAAUAUCACAUGGGUUAUGUUGAGAACACCCCACUACGUUACAUCAAAAGGUACAGGAUGCCAGGACAUCCCACUACUGGGAAUGCCAAACAUGACCACUUGUUAAGAGGGCGACUGCUAUAUCUUUCAAUUAUAAAGGUUCAUGUUCCAUUUUGUAAUUAGUAAGCAGACACUGGGGUGACAUUUGAGGGCCUUUGACUAUCCUCUCCUUAACAAUCUUUCAAUCAGUUGUUUUAGCAUCCAUUGAUGAUCCUUCCAUUAUAACAUAGAAAGUGGCCAUUAAAUUACUAUUUUCUAAUUUUAUCCUUUCAACAUUUAAUAAUUGUCAUUUGUCAUUAAAAGAAGAAAGAUUUUGACUGAGCUCUAAAUCAGUCACUCAAACAAUUUUAUUAUGUUUUUUAGAAUCAAAUAAUUUACUUUUUGAUUCCCUAACUUAGAUAUAUCUGAUUUUUAUUCAAAUUCUAGUAUAUUGAUUUCAAAGUAUGGGCAUCUGGGGUUCUGGUAUUUUUCUCAGAGAAUGGGACAUUUUAGAGACUGAAGAGCAUUAUAAGAGCCGAUGGAGAUCUAUUAGGAUUUUAUAUCUUACUAUGUUUCUCAGCAGUGUAGGGUUUUCUAUAGUGAUACUGUCCAUAUGGCCAUAUCUCCAAAAGAUUGAUCCGACAGCUGAUACAAGUUUUUUGGGCUGGGUUAUUGCUUCAUAUAGUCUUGGCCAGAUGAUAGCUUCACCUAUAUUUGGUUUAUGGUCUAAUUAUAGACCAAGAAAAGAGCCUCUUAUUGUCUCCAUCUUGAUUUCCGUGGCAGCCAACUGCCUCUAUGCAUAUCUUCACAUCCCAGCUUCUCAUAAUAAAUACUACAUGCUGGUUGCUCGUGGAUUGUUGGGAAUUGGAGCAGGAAAUGUAGCAGUUGUUAGAUCAUAUACUGCUGGUGCUACUUCCCUUCAGGAAAGAACAAGUUCCAUGGCAAACAUAAGCAUGUGUCAAGCAUUAGGUUUUAUUCUAGGUCCAGUUUUUCAGACUUGUUUUGCAUUCAUUGGAGAAAAAGGUGUGACAUGGGAUGUGAUUAAACUGCAGAUAAACAUGUAUACAACACCAGUUUUACUUAGCGCCUUCCUGGGAAUUUUAAAUAUUAUUCUGAUUCUUGCUAUACUAAGAGAACACCAUGUGGAUGACUCAGGAAGACAGUGUAAAAGUAUUAAUUUUGAAGAAGCAAGUACAGAUGAAGCUCAGAUUCCCCAAGGAAAUAUUGACCAAGUUGCUGUUGUAGCCAUCAAUGUUCUGUUUUUCGUGGCUCUAUUUAUCUUUGCCCUUUUUGAAACCAUCAUUACUCCAUUAACAAUGGAUAUGUAUGCCUGGACUCAAGAACAAGCUGUGUUAUAUAAUGGCAUAAUACUUGCUGCUCUUGGGGUUGAAGCAGUUGUUAUUUUCUUAGGAGUUAAGUUACUUUCCAAAAAGAUUGGCGAGCGUGCUAUUCUACUGGGAGGACUCAUCGUUGUAUGGGUUGGCUUCUUUAUCUUGUUACCUUGGGGAAAUCAAUUUCCCAAAAUACAGUGGGAAGAUUUGCACAAUAAUUCAAUCCCUAAUAUCACAUUUGGGGAAAUUAUUAUUGGUCUUUGGAAGUCUCCAAUGGAAGAUGACAAUGAAAGACCAACUGGUUGCUCGAUUGAACAAGCCUGGUGCCUCUACACCCCGGUGAUUCAUCUGGCCCAGUUCCUUACAUCAGUUGUGCUAAUUGGAUUAGGCUAUCCAGUCUGCAAUCUUAUGUCGUAUACUCUAUAUUCAAAAAUUCUAGGACCAAAACCUCAGGGUGUAUACAUGGGCUGGUUAACAGCAUCUGGAAGUGGAGCCCGGAUUCUUGGGCCUAUGUUCAUCAGCCAAGUGUAUGCUCACUGGGGACCACGAUGGGCAUUCAGCCUGGUGUGUGGAAUAAUAGUGCUCACCAUCACCCUCCUGGGAGUGGUUUACAAAAGACUCAUUGCUCUUUCUGUAAGAUAUGGGAGGAUUCAGGAAUAAACUAGCUAAGACUGUGAUGGAAAAUACUUGCUGUGUGACACUUCCUGGUCUAAAGCUCUGCUAGACAAUUGCGGUGAGCCAGUCUCCAAGAAUCAGACUACAGAUAUUGCAGAUUUUGAAGAACAAGAACAUAUGUUGAAUAACAGAAUUCUACAUGUCAUUGUGAAUAGUAGGUUAUAUAAAAACAUACUUGAUCAUAAUUUCCUUAUCUCAGAAAUGAAAUAUUAUUCUUAUAAUACCUUUUUGUGGUUGCAUGAACUAAUGAGUGAAUGGACAAUGAUGAAUAAAUGUGAAGUUGUAUUCUUAAUACCAACUGCAGAAGUGUCAUUAAAAUAAUAUACAGUGGAACCAGAAAGAGGAUUCUGUAAGAAUUAGCCAUAGCAGAAUAAAAUUAUAGAAUUUUAAAAACCCAA